AUGUCGCGACUAUUAUUCGUCGCCGCGUUAACCUGCGUCAGCUUAAUCUCAGCGUAUUCGGAUGGUGAAAAGUUGAACACGAGGGGGAGAAACUGGGGCAGAUCUCCUGCGAGAAAUCGUGCCUGGCAAAACGGAGAAAGACCCUUUCACCCAACUCGCCUUCAAACUCGGCCUAAUUACGCGAAAAAAAUUAACCCCUCAGUUCUCUCGCUGUUCACUCUCGUCAAAUUCGACAACAGCCUUUGCUCAGGGAUGAACGGCGAGAACGGCACCUGCAUAUCAGCCGCGGAGUGCUCGACAAGGGGUGGCAUUUCCGGUGGACCUUGCGCCAACGGAUACGGCGUCUGUUGCGCUGUGACGGCGACGUGCGGCCAGACGACGAGCACGAACAACACUUACUUCGUGAACAUGAACUACCCCUCGACCUUCGACGGGACGGAUUCCUGUCAGCUGACGAUCCUCAAGUCGCAUCCAGACGUCUGUCAGUUCCGGCUCGAUUUCGACCAAUUCAACAUCCGAGGACCCGAGCCUACGAACAACGCUUGUACGAACGACCAGUUCAUCGUCUCCGGGGGAAACCCCAUCCCUCCUAUUUGCGGCAGCAACAAUGGUAACCACAUGUACGUCGACGCCGGAGUCGGACAGGUGAAUCCGGUGAUGCUGACGCUCGUAACGAGCGGCGGAUCCUUCGCGCGCUCCUGGAAGGUCAGGAUCACGCAGGUUCCUUGCAGCAGUAUCUACAGAGCGGAGGAAGGAUGUCUCCAGUACUUCACCGGUGUUUCCGGGAAGAUAAAAUCCUUCAACUACGAGUCUAACACCGGGCUGCAGCUCUCGAACCAGGACUACAGCAUCUGCAUCAGAAUGGAGAGGAACUUUUGCGGGGUACAAUACAUGCCCUGCAGCGACGAGGACGCGAUGGUAAUGCCCGCCGCAACCCCCCAAGGCGGCCGCCCUCAGGCUCCCCGAAGCAACGCGUUCACUCUGACGGGAAACACCCAGGGUACACAGAUAUCCUCGAUGACAGGAGCCGCCUGCCAAACUGACUGGCUGAUGAUUCCUUGCGCGUCAGAUAUGGGCCGACAACCGAACACCGGGGUUCAGUGCACAGACAGGAUAUGCGGAGGGACCUUCAACGCCGAGAAUCAGGUGCUAAACUCUUCGAACGUGAUAAGCACGGUUAAGCCCUUCAGACUCGUCUUUCACACCGACAGCGUCGAGGCGCCGAACGACGUCGGCAACAGGGGAUUUUGCCUCGACUACAUCCAGCAGCCCUGCACGAACGGCAUGAACUAACGAUGACGCGAUUAAUUAUACGUCGGCGAAAUAUGCGAAUCACAAAUGUGCGAUUUAUACUGUAUAGGUACUAAGUGGUUCGCUUGCAGCGAGUACCUGAUAUUUAUAUCAAUAUUCUUCGCCGCCUCGUAAACACGCAGGAUGGAUGCAGGCAUAGUUUAACAGAGAUCUUGAAAGAUUGCACGGCUUGUGACCACCGGAUUAUAGUUUCACGCGGACUUUGUAAUGAGGAGAGUUGCGGAAUGGAAAGGUGUUGUAUUAUCGUGAAUAGCAAGGCGUGACGAGGUCCAACCUGUCGAGACACUCUGGAACUCUAAUUCUAGAUUUCGCUAUCAUAUACCUUUCACAUUUUCAGGAAAUUAUCAGAGGCUGUUGUUUAUUCAAUUAAUUGACAUAAUCAAGGUCUCGGAUCGCUUUGGCUUCAGAAUAACUUUGUGCAACCUUGAAACACACACAUUUAUUUCAAUCAAACGGUUUUACAAAUCACACACUGGGCACUAAUAGCACAGUUUUCUUUCCUUUUCUUAAUUUGAGUUUUUUGGUUUUUAAUUUUUUUUUCAGUACUUCAACGCUUGGUUUAACUACGGU